CGAGAUGGUAAGCGUGAUUGCUUGCAAUUUUAUCCCUUCCUCGAGGUUGUUUAGUUCUAAUUUUAACACUUAUCUUAAUAAGAACAAGACAACAAUGGUAAUGACUGUCCAGUCAUCCACAGAUGAAAAAGUGGGUGAGGAAAAAAUUAAAAGAUUGCUAGGCAGAAAAAUUGCAUUCACAACACCUUCUGAUUAUGCUACUAGGUUGAUCCAUCUGAUAGAGCAAGAAGGGGCAGAGCCCCUGUGGUGUCCUACUGUGGUAGUGGAAUUCACCGACCAUACGAAACAGCAAGUCUUCAAAUCCAUUUGGGAAGAAAACAAUGUAGGUACUGAAACUUUAUUUGAUCAGUAUUCUGCUAUUGCAUUCACAUCUCGUGCAGGAAUCACUGCUUUUGCACAAGCUCUUGAGGGCAGGGGAAAUCCUUUGAAUGAAAAAGGGGAUACAUUUGUUGUAGGAGCCCUUGGAAGGGAUGCCCAACUCGUCAGGGAUUUAAAAUUCUGUGUAGAGAAUCCUAGAGUGAAAACCCUAGUACCCACCAUAGCCACCCCCAAAGGUUUGGUUGAUGAAUUGGGUGAUGGGCACAGGCGCAAAAUCUUGUGCCCAGUGCCGUUAGUAUUGGGUUUGGAUGAGCCUUCCGUCGUUCCAGAUUUUCUUAUGGCCUUGCAAGCCAAGGGCUGGGAUGCCGUACGCUUGAAUGCAUAUGUCACUAGGUGGGCUGGCUCAGAUUGUGCACAAAUGUUGCUUGGGAUGAGUCAAAUCGAUGCAAUUGUGUUUACUAGCACAGCAGAGAUUCAGGGCCUAUUGAAGAGCCUUUGUUCUUUUGGUGUUGAUUGGAAUAUGUUUAAGGGUAGGCACCCUAUGGUGGUGGCUGCACAUGGGCCUGUAACAGCCUCCGGAGCACAGCGACUAGGUGUCCAGAUUGAUGUUGUUAGUAAACAAUUUCACAGUUUUGCAGGUGUAAUUGAUGCCCUUGCAUUGAGUUGGAGCUCCGUGAAUAAGAAAUUAUAAGAAUGCAUUGCAUUGUGGUUGAUUUCUAUUAAUCAGGAAGCCACAUAGUUACUUUCAUUGGGAGGCUACAUAGGGAAUUGCGGCAUUCUCAGCUAUUUGGACAAUCUGUUCCAUUUCACUACAGCAUUCUUUUAUCACUUUCUGAGCUCUAGUCGAGUCUCAGUAAGAGUAAGUGAGUGGAGUCUAAAAGUAUUCUCUGUAUCAUCUGGGAUUUUACAUUAAUAAUUAUCAUCCAAUGCUUUUAUUCACAAGUUUUCAGGUCUUCUUGAUAUCCUUACAUGGCAUCAAACGCUUGUAGCUUGAUUGCUCAAUAUAAAGUCUAAUUCUUGGUA